AUGCGAGGUAUAAAGAUUUUGGUAACAAAUUAUUCACUAAAGUGAUAUCUGUUAUUGCUGAAUCAUGAUUGAUUUUGACUAUAUUCUCACAAAGAUCGGGAAAAUCGGAUUAUAUCAGAUACUAGUGAUCUCAAUGAUAUAUUACUAUGGAAUCCCGUGUGGAUUGAAUACCUUACUACCCGUGUUCACUAACUAUAUACCGUAUUACAGAUGCAAAGUUCCACCAUUUGAUAAUGAGCACUCCGGCUUGAACGAAACGCAAAUAUUAGCAAUAACAACACCACUCGACGAGAAUGGCGAAUAUGAUACAUGCAGAAGGUACGACUACAAUGCAACUGAAUGCCACAAACACGGAAAUAUUAGUUAUGAUUGUUUGGAAAAUAUCAAUGAAACAAUUCCAUGCACAGAAGGAGAUGGAUAUUACUACGAUAGGUCAUUGUUCACAGAAACUGUUGUAACCGAGAUGGAUUUAGUGUGUGAAAAGAUUAUAUACAGCUAUGUGUCGACUUCUCUGUAUAUGGUUGGUCUUCUCUUGGGAUCGUUCAUUUUCGGAAAUUUUGCAGACAGAUAUGGCAGAAAACCCUCGAUUAUCAUCACCUGUAUAGGAAGUGCCAUUGGGCUGAUUUUAGCGGCUUUGUCACAUGUCUACUGGUUGUAUACGUUUUCUCGAGUAUUCAAUGCUGUUUUUGGUUAUGGAUUGUAUAUGAUAAAUUUCGUUUUAGUGGUGGAAUUAGUGGGCCCAGAAUGGAGAACGUUAGUAGGAAUUGGAUACCAAUUUUUCUACGCCAUUGGUGUAUUGACUUUAUCCGGUGUUGCUUAUGGAUGGCGAGAUUGGCAUCAAAUGCAGUGGGGCCUCAUCAUUAUUUCUGUGCCGUUUGUGUGUUUUCUUUUUCUUAUCCCGGAAUCACCAAGAUGGUUAUUUGGAGUCGAAAGAAACGAAGCUGCCAAAAAGAUAACAAGUCGAAUAGAAAAGUUCAGCAAAAUAGAUAUCACUGAAGAAAUGUGGUUGGAAGCCGAGAGACUGGGGACUGAAAUAAAGGGUCGUGAUCGUAAACAAGAAGAAGAAAACAGAAAAUAUUCAUCCUUAGAUUUAUUCAGAAAACCUGGAAUUCGACUAACAACUCUAAAAGUCAUGUUCACCUGGUUCGUCAAUAGUCUUGUCUAUUAUGGUCUUUCAUUAAACAUCAGCUCGCUAAGUGGUAACAUUUUCAUAAACAACGUUAUCGGUGGAUGUAUGGAAAUCAUCAGCUACGUGAUCUGCAUUUUAGCCAUGGAUGUAAUUGGAAGAAGACUGCUUCUUGCGAUAAUGCUUCUCUCAUCAGGAAUAACGUUGAUCAUUAGUACAAUUGUCAACCUAUAUGCUGGCGAUGAUCAGAGUCUCAUAACACUGGGUGUCGUUUUCACAUUCCUCGGAAGAUUGGGUAUUUCGGGUUCAUAUGCACUUGUUUACAACUUCACUCUUGAACUUUUUCCGACGGUGGUACGGUCAAAUGGAAUUGGAAUAUCAUCAUGUGCCGCAAGAAUUAGCGGAGUUAUUGCUCCUUUGCUAAUUGCCACUCAGAUAUGGUUCCCCUGGUUGCCAAAUAGUAUUUUUGGAAUCUUUGGUAUCAUUGGUGGAUUUAUAUCUUUAACACUGCCUGAAACGAAUGGAAUGAAGAUGCUUGUAACAUUGGAGGAAGCUGAAUUCUUUUACAAACAAAAGCAAUCCACAAAGGAAAAGGAAGAAAAUGGAAGAUUGCCUUCAGAAGAUUUGGACAAUUCUAUAGCAUUUCAAAACAAAUCUUUUGAAGCGGAGCUGACCAAAUUAUGAAGCGCAAGUGUUCAGUAAAAUUUUUAAAGCUGGUUUGGGACAUCUUGAAUCAAUUUUCCAUACCUCAAAAAAUAAAGAUAUUUCCAAUGAUUUCAUUAUUAUGUUGCCCUCUACAGUGUCGAACUAAUAAAUUCUAACAAUGUUUCUAUACUUUAUAUACUUCGAAGAUUUUUCCUGUUUAUAUUCAUCUAUAAUUUCACAUAUAUAUCUAUAUCUAUAUAUAUAUACAUUUUGAU